AUGGCACUGUGGCUGAGGCAGACCCUGGCUUCCAGCACUUUGCAGGAGCUGUGUGACACUCUGUCCUCCAAGCCUGACAUUCUGGACAAGUUCCUAGCAGAGUUUGCUACCUUGCACCGGAACCAGUGGUGCAACCCUCCCAGAGAAGGCACCCGCACCUCUCACAGAGCUUCAUCCCUGGGGCAGGUUGACUUGGAGGAGUUGGGUGAGGAGCCCAACGUCUGGAGCAAUCAGGGAAAUCCCGAUGUGAUGACGGCCUUUCUGAUGCUGGAAGUCCUCCUUGGGCUGUCAGAGAGAAUGGAGAUGGGAAAAAAAAUUGAAGCCUUCCUGCCAAGCAUGAUGAAGAUACUGGAAGUUGGCAGUGAAGAUGAGAAGCUGAAGAUAAUUGAGGUCUUUCGAAAUGUCCUGAGUCAGCUGAAGAAGUCAAAGGCCAGCUCCAUUGCUGUGGCGCUGGUGGGGAAGAUCCUGCCCCUCUUUGACUCGGAGAGCGUGCGGCUGCGAGAGCUCUCCCUCUGGCUCCUCAGAGACCUGGUGAGGUCUGUGGCGAGGAGGGAUGAGAAGAAGAUGAGGAAGCAGGUGCAGAGUGCCCUGAUCCCACUGCUCUUCCGUGUGAAUGACCAGGUCCCCAGUGUGGCCAAGGCAUCCAGGGAAGCCCUUUUUGCUGCUGCAGAGCUUCUCAAAUGGAAGCAGCUCAAGCACCUGCUGCAGAAAGAGCGGAUGUGGGAGCUUGCAGAAUGCUUGGUGGUUGCUGAGCAUCCAGAUGCUUCAAGUGAGGAGAUUGAAGAGCUGCUCGAAUGA